AUAGGUUAGUUUGAGCGGUUUGGGUUUUGCUCGAACGUCCAACGAUGGUUGGAUUCCAACCAUUUGUCGAACUUUCCCUCCUUUUGCUAACUUACUUUGUUAACUCCAAUCCUCCUGAGUUUGUGAUUAGUUUCAGUUAGUUAAACCACUCUAAAUUAUAAUGUUAGAAGUGAGUAAAAAGGUAAUAAAUCUGAUUUCCAAGUAAAGCAAACACUUUAAAUGGAUUUCUGAAUUUUUCAAAUAGAUAUUUGAAAUGGAUAUAGUAAAACUGUGUCGAUUGUGUGGAGCACUUUUAGACUCCACAGAAGACGAUGAACUCUUGGCGGAAAACUGUUUUCAGAUGCUGAAAACUCUUUUGAAUGUAGAGAUAAUUCAAAACACAUCUCUAGCAAAAAAGGUUUGCGACAACUGCGUUCACCAGUUAACGAGUUUUUCGGUCUAUAGAAACAAAUUCUUCAAAACCCAAUCUUCAUUCCAAACAGUUUUGGGAGAGGAAUGCUUCAGAAAAAUUCCUGCUGGAACGCUUCCCGAUUUGGAAAUGAGCGUGGACGAGGAAGGAAAGGAAAAAGAAGAUGAUAAUGAAGAAGAGAAUAAUAAAGAAGAACCGAAAACAACUGCUGAUCAUCAAUGUUGUGAAUGCCAAGCAGGCCGUAACACCGAAAAAGUAGAUCCUGUAAAAACAGCGAGCAAGGAUUCUAUGCAGAAAACUAUAAUAGUAGAGAUGAUUCCUUUAGAAGACACGGCCGAAGAUCUCAAUCCAAUUGUGAUUGAUGAUUCCGACGAAGACGAGGAAUUUGCUUACAGUGGGACGGAACAGCAUCAGGAUCCUCUCAGACUGAGUCCUGAAAUCAAGGCUGAGCCUAUUGAUCCAGAUUUCGACAUUUCUAUCGUUAAAAGUGAAUUAUCCACCAGCAUUUAUGCUGAACUGGAAAUAAAACGAGAAAUUGAAGAUGUUUCUGAUGCUCCAAGUGUCAAUGAGACUGAAAAUGCUGCCGAGAAAUUAAAUUUGAGCACAGAAGAAAUGGAAAUUGUGAAGGAAUCAGAAAAAUUGAAAGUGAUUGUUGAACCAAUUUCUUUAUCCCGGAAUUCUAACGAACUGAAUUGUGAAAAAGCCAGUAAAACUGCCCGGAAGAGAACUGGAGGAAGUGAGACAAAAUCUGAAAAAAUGCGGUGUUAUUCGAGACUGAAAAAUAAUCUGAGAGAAAGAAAACAACAGGAAGUGGAUGAACCUGGAGUGAGUGAUUCAUCUAACCUGAAAACUGCAGAAGGAAACCCCGAGGAAGAAAAAAAAGAACCGAAGAAGAAACAGCACGCUAGGCUAGCGGCCGAGCAUUCGCUCAGAAUGAAAGAGUUAUGGCGAAAGAAAAGAGAAGAGAACCAAGCAAGCAGGCAACAGUGUCAAAGAGAGGAAAUAGGAGAAAGUGACGGCAACGGUAGCAACACUUCAAAUAGUAAUAAAAUUGAUCACUUGGCCGAAAAUCGGAAGAGAGCAAUUGAACAAAGAAAGGAAUUAGAUAGAAGAAAAAGAGAGAAAUCAGAUAAAAUUAAGGAAAGUUGGAGAAAGAGAAGAGAAAAUGCAGCAAAAAGAUGCUUCCCGACAACAUCGAAUAAGUACCGGUAUUGGAAUAUUGAAAGACGAAAGGAGAUGUCGAUGAAAGCGCGCAAACAGCGGAUGGAGGAAGUGAGGAGGAAAAGAGAGAAGAAAAGAGAGAAAUCCAGAAAAAUAAGGGAAAGUUGGAGAAGGAGAAAAGAAGAGAAAGCAGCAACAAGCGGAUCAAAGAAAGUGGAUGAACCUGGAUUGAUUGAUUUACCUAACCUGAAAACUACAGAAAGAAACCCCGAGGCAGAGACAGAAGAGGCGAAGAAGAAACGGCUAGCAGCCGAGCAUUCGCUCAGAAUGAAAGAGUUCUGGCGAAAGAAAAGAGAAGAGAAACAAGAAAGACGAAAUGAUAGGUUGAGGAAAUUGCGAGAACUACGGAUGGAGGAAGCUAGGAAGAAAAGAGAGAAAGCCAGAAAAAUAAGGGAAAGUUGGAGAAGGAGGAAAGAAAAGGAAGCAGUAACAAGCGGACUAAAGAAAGCGGAUGAAUCUGGAGUGAUUGAUUCAUCUAACCUGAAAACUACAGAAGGAAACCCCGAGGCAGAUAAAGAAGAAGCAAAGAAGAAAUUGUACGCUAGGCUAGCGGCCGAGCAUUCGCUCAGAAUGAAAGAAUUCUGGCGAAAGAAAAGAGAAGAGAAACAAGAAAGCAGGUGUGAAAAAGAAGAAAUCGAUAAAAGAUGCAACAAAACUUCAAAAAAUAAUAAAACUGAUCACUUAAUGGAAAAUUUGAAAACAAAACUUGAACGACGAAAGGAAGCAGCAAGAAAAGGACUUCAGGAGUUUUGGCGAAGGAAGCGAGAGGAGAAUGCAGCAAGGCAGCAGUGUGAAAAUGAAGAAAUCGAUGAAGAGGAAGCAGCAAGAAUAAAAAGAAUUAAAUUGAUUGAGUAUAAGAGAAGGUGGAGAGAGAAGAAGAAAGCAGCAAAAAGCAGGCAGCAGUGUGAAAAUGAAGAAAUCGAUGAAGAGGAAGCAGCAAGAAUAAAAAGAAUUAAAUUGAAUGAGUAUAAGAAAAGGUGGAGAGAGAAGAAGAAAGCAGCAAAAAGGCAGCAGUGUGAAAAUGGAGAAAUCGAUGAAGAGGAAGCAGCUAGAAUAAAAAGAAUCAAAUGGAAUGAGUAUAAGAGAAGGUGGAGAGAGAAGAAGAAAGCAGCAAAAAGGCAGCAGUGUGAAAAUGGAGAAAUCGUUGAAGAGGAAGCAGCAAGAAUAAAAAGAAAUAAAGUGAAAGAGUAUAGGAAAAGGUGGAGAGAUAAGAAGAAAGCAGCAAAAAGAAGACAACAAGAAGUGGAUAAACCUGGAGUGAGUGAUUCAUCUAACCUGAAAACUACAGAAAGAACCCCCGAGGAAGAAAAAGAAGAAGCGAAGAAGAAAACGUUUGCUAGGCUAGCAGCCGAGCAUUCGCUCAGAAUGAAAGAGUUCUGGCGAAAGAAAAGAGAAGAGAAACUUGGAGAAAGCGGGCAGGAAAGUGGAAGUAAAGAGAUCGAUGAAAGGUGCGGAAAUACUUCAAACAUAAAUAAAAAUGAUAAAUUGAUCGAAAAGCUGAAGAAGAAUUACGAACGAAGAAAGGAAGCUGCAAAAAGAAAAAGAGAGAGAUCAGAUGAACUUGAGGAACUUAGGAGAAGGAGAGAGGAGAAUUUAGCAAGAAGGCAGCAUCUAAACCAAAGCUGUGCUCGCUCCAAACUAAUGAAAGCAUAUUGGAAUAAUAAGGAAAGAAGACUUGAGCAAUCAAAGAGAGCCCGUGCACAGUGGGAGGAGGAAACUAGGAGAAAGCGAGAAAGAGCCGAAAAAAUGAGGGAAAUGUGGAGAAGGAAGAGAGAGGAGAAAGCAACACCAAGGCAAAAGUGUGAAAGAGUCGUAAGCUGCAGCAGCACUCCCAAUCAACCUGACAACAGCAAACAAAUUUAUGAAAAGCGGGUCGCGAAUUGCAGAAAAGCAAAAGAACGGAAAAUAGAAAUAGCGAACAGGAAGAGAGAGACUGCGGAGAGAAUAAGGGAAUUUUGGAGGAGAAAGAAAGAGAAGUUGCAGAAUGAAGAUACAAGGUUUAACAAAGAUCAAGAAAAAGAGGAGGAUGAAGAAGAAGAAGAACAACAUCAACAACAAGUUAUCAUAGAAACGACAGAGCCAUCUGAAAGCAAAGAGAACCCAAAACUUUCUAAUCAAGAUGUCUGCAAUGUGGAAGCAGGCUCUGAUCAUUUGAACAAAAUGUUCAACAAAGAUCAAGAAAAGGAGGAUGAGGAGGAGGAGGAGGAGAAGGAGGAGGAAAAGAAAGAAAAGAAAGAAAAAGAAGAAGAACAAAUUAUCAUCAAAACGACAGAGCCAUCUGAAAGCACAGAGAACCCAAAACUUUCUAAUCAAGAUGUCGGCAAUGUGGAAGCAGGCUCUGAUCAUUUGAACAAAAUGUUCAACAAAGAUCAAGAAAAUGAGGAGGAGGAGGAGGAGGAGGAGGAGAAGGAGAAGGAGAAGGAGAAGGAGGAGGAAAAGAAAGAAAAAGAACAAAUUAUCAUCAAAACGACAGAGCCAUCUGAAAGCACAGAAAACCCAAAACUUUCUAAUCUAGAUGACUGCAAUGUGGAAGCAGACUCCGGUCAUUUGAACACAAUGCAGCAGUGUGAAACAGUUGAUGAAAUGAAUGAAAAGUUGGACGAGAAAUGCGAAAAAUCGCUCAAACGAAAAGAAGAUAUAGUGAAAAGGAAGAGAGAGACAGCUAAGAGAAUUGAAGAAUUUUGGAGGAGAAGGAUAAAGCAGAAUUCAGUAGAAAGCGCAAGACAACAGAAAGUGGAUGAACCUGGUUGUUCUGAGGUCUUGAAUCAAGCCUGGUUGUUCAACAUGAGAAAUAGCAUUUAUAAAAAGUUGAUCAAGAAUUACAAGAUAGCACUCGAUCGAAAGGCAGAGAUAGCCAAGAGGAAGAGACAAACCAUGAAAGGAAUUGAAAAUUUUUGGAGAAAUAAAUUAGAGGAGGAUGCAGGAGAAAGGCUGGAUUGUUCAAUGAGCAAGGUUGGAGAGCAGGAGAACCCUUGUUUGGUCAGUGAGAGCUCCGUCAAAUGCAAGCCUCCUAAUCCAGUUGGCAGUGCUGUGGAAAAUGCAAUGAGUAGGCCUACCGCAAGAACCAAGACAAACUUCGAGAUGAUUGAAACCAGUAAGAAGAGGAUAAUGUUGAAGCUGGUCAGAAAUUUGAAAUCUUGGUCUGUCCAGAGAGAUUAUCCACCAAGAAUCAUCGAGAGGAAAAGGGAAAUUUUGAGGCGAAAGCUGAAGCGACGGGCUGCAAGGAAGAAUUUCUUGCGAUUGAAAGAAGAAUUAAUUCAACUCAAGAACAGUAGUAUAAUUGUAUAAUAUUAAAUGAAAAAUAUGGCGUGUGAAAAGUAAUGACCAAGGUAAUUAGUUAAAACCUCGUAUUAGGAAAAUUAAAAGUUACCUAGGUAAUUGGAAUAAGCCAUAUUCCAACUAAUUAACUCGGUUUUAACUGGAAAGGAUCAACUGGUUGUAACACCAUUUGCGUCCGGGCCAAAUGUCACGAAAAAAAAACACUCAACUAAGAAAUUGAGACAUGUUCCACGGCUUUUACCCAAAAAUAGCCACGGAAUGACAUUUGCGCCCGGACUACUACUAAAAAAUAGUGUUUACAGGAAUAAUCGUAAUUAUUUUAGGAACAGAUUUUGGAUAGUUAGGACAGAGUUUCUCAGAACUAUAUGAGAAUCUUUUAGUUAAUGGUAAAAAUAUUAUACUGUGUUAAUUGUAAUUAUGAGAUUUUAUAGCAUUCUAAUUAUUUAAGAAUAGCCAUAUGAAUGUAUGAAUACAUAAUAUGAAUGUAUGGAAUGAUUCCAAUUAAUGUUCAAUUGGCUGCUAAUUGUGAGUAUAAUUCAUUCAUUCAUAGACAAUAAAUUAUUAUUUUAAUUUUAUAAAUUAUUUUUAUAGACAAUAAUUGCUUGGGAAUAUUCUUGUAAUUAUUUUAAGAAUGGUGUUUGGCAGAGUUUAUGUUAACUAUAUAAAAUACUUCUAGUUUAUGAUAAAAAUGUUAUAUAUUUUUUAUAUCAAUGUUGAAUCCUUUACUAAUUGUGAUGUAUAUUGCUCAAGAAUUCUUGCAAUUUAAACAAACUAUUGUAUGGAUAGUUUUUGGAUAGUUUUAUAGGGCAGAGUUUAUGAUAACUAUAUAAAAAUACUUUUAGUCAAUUAAAAAACGUAGCCUAUAUUUUUUAUUAAUUUUGAAUCCUUUACUAAUUGAGAAGAUUAUUAUUUAUGAUUUGCUCAUGAAUGCUAUUGAUAAUAAUGUUGGUUAUUGUUUAAUAACGUGCUAAUUAGAAAGAUAAUUGAUCAGUUAUUAUUGAAAAUAUUUUAGGAAUAGUUUUUUGAUGGUUCUAUGGGUCAGAGUUUCUCAUAACUACAUAGGCCUAGACAUUUUUCUGUUAAUGAUCAAACAUCAUAUUGUGUUGAUUGUAAAAUUAUAAGCAAUUAUUGCACCUUGGAAUACUUAUAUAUUUUUAAAUGAGAUUUUCUCAUAACUAUUUAAGAAUUAUAUCCUAGUUCUAUCAAUUUAUUAGAAUAUAUUAUGGAAUGUUUCCGAUUAAUUUUUAAUUGGAUUUCAAUUUUGUGAGGAUUAUUGCUUAGGAAUAUUUUUUGGAUAGUUUUAUAGAACAGAGUUUGUGAUAACUAUAUUAUAUAAAUUUUCUAUUAAUGUUGAAUCAUUUUCUAAUUGUUGAUUUUUUCAGGUUUAUAAAAAUAUCGAGUUUCUAUGAAACGUUUUUGUAUUUUUCUAUCAUACGAUACUGAUAGAAUAUAUAAUCUCCUAACAGAAAAAAUAUUGGUUAUUUAUAUACCUGUCAAUAUGAUUCAAAUUAAGUAGCUAAAUUCGUUGUCAAAAUGAAGUUUUUGAACACAUUUCAUAAUUUGCGCCAUUUUAGCACUUAACAACUAAGUUUAUAGUUUAGACAUUUUAAGAUGUUUAUAGGAUAAAUAGAAUUAAUUAUUUGGAUCAAACAAAAUAAGAAAAAAAGAUUAAAAGGAUACUGCGAUAACAUGUUGAUUUUAAUUAAAAAUGUUAUAUUUUUCUCAAUUGUGAAUCAUAAUAGCUGUUGAUAUGUAAAAAUCAAUUGUAAUUAUUGGAAUGAUGAACCUGAACAUGUUUCAAUAUUUCAAACAUUUCAAAUUCCAAACUUGUGAUGUUUUAUGAUUGCUACUGUUUGCGUCUGAUCAAUGAUAAAGAAAAUUAUAAUUUUCUCCAUGACUGAUUAUUUCUAGAUUAAAGGCAUGUUUACUCUUUUAAAUUAGUACUAUAUUAUAUGAUGAUGAUUUGUAUGGGACCCUUAUAUUAUUACCAUUGAGGAAGUAAAUAUUACUUAUUUUGUCUGUGAUUAUUACCGUAUACAGAAAAUUCACCAGAAAAUCUAUCUACAACUAACAUGAUUAGUGGUCCCUAAAUGGUCGUCAAUACGAGGCUGUAGAGCUAUAGUAAAAAAAAUGGUCAAUAUAAUUGUAUACUAUCAGUACCUACUUAGAACAUCAGGUCACACAACUAGAAUAAAAACUAUUUUUGACAGAAUAAAUACAAGUGAAAACGUAGAUAUCACAAACAUACAUACCUUUCCAAGCAUCAUGCAAAAACACAUAAUGAAAAUAAGUGUGAAUAAUUAAUUCAAUAACAGGAGUUUCAUUACGUUACUACAGAAUAAGCAUGAACGAUAGAUGUGAUAAAUUUGACAGUUGUAAGUUAACAAUUCAAGACGUAGCCGAGGGGAAAAUUUACAAAAGUAGCUUCUUCUUUGCUCAUUUAAUUUCGUAUCCGUGACUUUGGACCGUAUUUAAAAAUUGUAAAUGAUUCUUGAGAAAAGUUUCAACUGAGCUGGCUUUGUGAAUAACAAUCAGAAUAUUAUAGUUCUGAUUGGUUGUUAAAUGACCAAACCUUGCAUGACUGAUACCAAUCUUAAGAAUGGUCUAUUUUAAUUUUCA